AUGGUUUAUCAAUCAAUAAGACCUUCACUAGGUUUGGUUAUCCUUGGAGCAAGUCUUUCUUCUGGAUUCCUUCUUCCUGCUGCUCCUGGUUCUGCUACCCAAACUCCUGGAGUCCCAUCACCUAUCAAUUCAACCAAUGGAUCUCCUCCUCCUACUACUAAUAAUAAUGCUACAUCAACUCAAGCACCUGUUCCGCAGAAUGUUAAAGAUCCUAAUUGUAUUGCUGGAAACCUUUCGGCUCAAACUUGGAAAGAUUUAAAACUAGAUGAUUAUUUAACUAACUAUUCAGGUGGUCAAAACUUAACUCUAACACAAUAUGCAGAUUCAAAAGGAGCACAAAACUUUAAAUGUGGUAUAGAAGAAGAUUGUACGAUUGGACAGAUUUGUGAUCCUGUAGUUGGACUUGAUUGGUAUAUAUUAUUAUCAGUACAAGAAUGGAAUAAUUGUAUGAAUUCGGUUUAUAAAGCUGUUCAUUUUGCUACUUCGAUUGUUCAAGGUACUUUGGCACUUAUGGUAUCGGAACUUACUAAUCGGAAUAUGCCAGCAUCAGCCUACGCAUUUGAUGCAUCAUCAUUGGCAAUGUUGAUUGCUUCAUUUUCAGCUGUGAUGGUCCUAGGAGUAGAUUUACUAUUCUUGGCAGGUUAUGUUGGAGUGUUAUAUACGAUCCUUUCAACUUUCGGUAUCAUCUCAGUGGCUUCUGGUUUCUUGGCUAGUAAUGGGUUUACUAUAAGUAAUUUACUUUCAACAGCUCCAGAAGAUAAGAAAUCAUUCAUAGCCUGGGGUGAUAUUGGGAACGUUUUCUCUCAAUGGGAAAGUGGAAUGCAUUCAAAGAUCUCAAAUACUACUCAAACCGUUCUUAAUUCUCCUAUCAGUUCUCCACAAGGCAUCAGUGGUGUUUUAAAGAAUGGAGUGUUCUUAUAUGAUACUCAACCUAAAACUACGGCUGAUCUUCAAACUGAAUAUGCUACUGUUAUUCAAGCUCGUUCAUUAAAUUUAGUACUACGUUCGAUGGGUGCUUAUGUGACUCGUGGUGGGGAAAAAUGUGAUGGAAAAGGUCCAAAUGGAGCACGAGAAGGCGACGAAUAUUUAUCCUACUGUACCCCCGACAAAAUAAUGAUGAAUAUUGUUUUAGCAAAAGGAGAUAAAACCGAAAACAAAAUCCAAAGUGCUAAAAUGAUUUCAGCUAAAUUUGGUUUUACAACUGAUUAUCUUGUAAAUCAAUCUUGGAUUUGUCAAUCUAAAUAUAAAAAAUUCGAAUUUGAUCCUUAUCAAGAUAGUCCUUUACCUUCUGAUCCUAAUCAGGAAUGUAUUAUCAAUUUGCCAGUUUGUGAUCUUUCAGAUAUCAGAAUCGAUAAGGCUCGUAAAGGAAAACAUCAUUCUACCACAAAAGCAUGUAGAGUACAAGGAGGCUUACCGAUCUAA